AAGAAAAAUAAAAAAUAUACUUUCUUUGUCAAUUUACUUUUUCAAUUUCAAUAAUCUAAUUUAACCUGCUUUUUGUAAUAAAUUUUUAGUCAAAAUAUUUUGUAACAAAAGGGUUAUGUUCCUAUUGCUUGCGUUGUGGGGAAUUCAGACCACAUCAUGGCGACAACACCUGCAAUGACUUUGAGGGCAGUUUUGUUUCAAGCAUUCAACCGAAAUUCUGGUAUACUAAAACACCAGUUGGAGAGUGCAAGAGUACUCUACGUUCAUCAGCAGAGUCGAAGCAAAGGUUCAACACAGUACAAGUUUGGUAGACCCUGGCAUGUAAAAAAGGUUAACCAAUCCAUAAACGAUGAAAAUCUAACAACAGAAAAUGAAGAAUUUAUCAAAGAAGUCAUUCAUGAAACCUACACACAACAUCCUAGUCCAUUACGAGAGGAACCCUGGCAAAGGGGGGAAUAUUUAAAAUUUACACGGAGGUGUGGUGUUAUAGGCAUCAAACUAGGUCUUGUACCCCAGUGGACGAAAACUGGAGAGAAAAUCACCACAACUUUGGUGCAGAUCUUAGACAAUCAUGUUAUUCGCUACACGCCACCUGAGGAAGCAGCGAAGACAGCAGGCUGGCAUCCAUUGUGGAGAAAAUUUGGGUCUGUGGUUGUUGGAGCACUAAGCUCUGAUCCACGACAGUUCAAGAAGUCCUACAACAGUCUGUUUGCUGAAGCUGGUGUCCCUCCCAAACAGAAGUUGACCCGCUUUCUUGUAACACCCAAUGCUGCCAUUCAGCCUGGUACACCACUGACCGCAAUGCACUUCCGAGUUGGUGAUUACGUUGAUGUUCAGGCAAAAACGAUAGACUACGGGUUCCAGGGUGUCAUCAAGCGCUGGGGUAUGAAGGGAAUGCCUGCCUCUCAUGGCGUCACUAAAUCUCACAGAAAAAUGGGCAGCUCUGGUGGUGGGAGGGAAAAAGCUGGUAUCUGGAAGGGAAAAAAGAUGCCUGGGCACAUGGGAGACAGAAAUCGAAUCACAAAGGGAAUACGGAUCUGGAGGAUAAACACCAAGUACAAUGUACUGUACCUCCAUGGUCCCUCUGUUCCUGGCAGCAUACACACCUAUGUUCGUAUCUAUGACACCAUCUUACCUCACAAACGUCCAAACCCUGAUGACCAUCCACCUAUGCCUACCUGGUUUGAAGAAGACAGUGAAGGACAAUGUCCUGAAGAACAGUGGGAUGAGGAGUUAUUUGCCUUUACGGAACCAUCCGUUGAGUACCAAUGAGGGAGGCUGACGAGAUUUUGCAUUUGAGGAAGACAUCUGUGUUUGGGAUGCAAGCUCCCUUUGCCUGAGAGACAGAAAUCUUCACUGGUCAGCUUAUGUUGACUGCCUAGGUGAACUAGGAUGAGGUGGACUUCGUCAUUACCCGAUGAUUUCUCAUUGCUGUUGAAUCUGUGGGAGAGGGGCUGCUGGUUACACAUCAUAGCUAGAUUGGAUGGAUGACCAGGUAGUCUACGUAAUGCUUGUAAUCACGAAAUGUUGGAGAUGUCCAUCUGAAGACUUUUAAAAGUCGUUGAAAGCUUUGGUGAACUAGAGAGUAGGUAAUAGAAUGUAAAUUUCAUCAAAUUUUAUUAAAGUUUUAAAGCUUUUUUUAAUUUUUUUUAAUUUUUUGUUUUUUAGAAAUGUUUAAGACCUUGCAGAUUUGGGGAAAAAGUACAGACACAAUUUACUUACAGCACAUGGCUUAUCUGUUGAUAAAUAAAUGAAUGCCUCUAC